CUGAUGGACUUAUUGAACGGGUGGCCACCUAUCACGGGACCACGCUUGGGAGGGCUUGAUUGUAUACAACUGUGUCCAUGGAGGGGAUUGGAACACCUGAAUCACAUGAUAUGGAGGGGAUUGGAGCACCAGGAUCACAUGAUAUGGAGGGGAUUGGAACACCUGAACCACAUGAUUGGGAGGGGAUUGGAACACCUGAAUCACAUGAUUUGGAGGGGAAUGGAAUACCUGAAUCACAUGAUUGGGAAGAGAUUGGAACACCUGAAUUACAUGAUUUGGAGGCCGAGCCCAAUACUUUUGGCAAUAUAGUGUAUCUAUCCAGAAG